AUGAAGAAGCGACAACGCAUAACCGGCCACGCAGCUGGAACACCAAAGACGACAACAUUUGCCACUUGUUGUUUGUGCUUCCGCGUUACGUCCGCGUCGGCACGCGUCGAGCGGUUGCAGCUACUCGGCUCGUGGCUGCCGCUGCUGGCGUUGACGAUCUUCUCAACAUUUGCCGGCUGCUCGGCCAUUGGCUAUUCCUAUACGAGAUUUGAGGGUCCGGUGGCGGGGCCGGAGCGACUGGUCGCCGUGCCCGAUGCCUAUGGCGGUGGCACGCACUCAGACUAUGUGGCACGACCCGAAUACAGCUUCGCCUAUGGCAUCGAAGAUGGCCAGACGCGUGUGCUGCAGAAUCGCAAAGAGACGCGCAACGGCGACGAGGUGCGCGGCGUCUACAGCGUAGUCGAUCCUGAUGGCACUCUGCGCGUGGUCAAAUACACAGCGGACGACACGAACGGCUUUCAGGCCGAGGUGAUCACAAAUGGUGUCGCCACACUCCAUGGCCAUGGCAGCGAGGCGGGUGGCGUUCACGUGCAGCAGCAAGUGGAACACGACCAGGCCAAUGAGGUGCAAGGGGAAGAAGACGAUGGCGAUAAUAGUGCUGACACGCAUCAGCAGGAGGAGGAGGCGGAGGAAGAGGCGGAACACGAGGCAGCUGCACCACAAAAGGGCAAGGGUCAGUAUAAGGUGCAUGAGGACCAUGACGAAGACGAUGAGGGCGAGAAUGAGGACAAUGAGAACGAAGGCGGCGGCGAUCAUGAGGAAUACGAGGGCAGCAGUGAGGAGGGCUACGAGGAUGCGAAUACGCAUAGCCAGCAGCAGCUGGAGGACACGGACAGCAGCGAAGAGUAUUAG